AUGCAGACUGCUUCUACAAACAUUUUUGAAAGAAUUGGUCUCUCUCAAGAGCUCAGUGAAAUCAAGCGUGGUACCGUGCUAGGUUGCCACCUGUGCAAUAAGUCCAUCUGUGAAAUUUCCUUGCUACUAAACAUUCCACGGUCAACUGUUAGUGGUAUUAUAACAAAGUGGAAGCAACUGGGAACAACAGCAAUUUAGCCACAAUGUGAGCUGGGUCAGCGCAUGCUGAAGCGCACAGUGCACAGAAGUUGCAAACUGUCUGCAGAGUCAAUAGCUAAAGACCACCAAACUGCAUGUGGCCUUCACAUUAGCACAACAAUAGUGCAUAGAGAGCUUCAUGGGAUGGGUUUCCAUGGCCA